UCAUGGGCGGGGCGCGGCGUUGUGCCGACAGUGUUUUUUUCUUCAAUCCAGUCCACUGCAGAAGAACGUACGUGUCCUGAUAGAUUUAAUUUCGUUCGACGUUUGAAAUAAUGGAAUUUGGCAGUCAAUACACCCAUCUUAUCUAUGUCGUUUCUCAAGGUCUACCGUAGAAUUUAUAAUGGUUUGUUUGUCAGCUUCAUUGCCUCAGAGAUAUAGACUAGUAUUGCAGGAAAGUACCGGUACGUGCAUGAAUGGGAAAUUGCAAGAGAUGGCGCAGUCAAAAUCACCGGGUAUAAAUGUUGUAGCAGUUUGUCAAAUAACAGCAACCGAAGAUAAAGUGAAGACACACGACUCAUGUAGGAGAGUUGUAGAAACAGCAUGCAAGAUGGGAGCAAAGAUGGUAUUCUUACCUGAAGCCUGUGAUUAUAUCCAGAGAUCACCGGCUGAGAGUGUGGAAUAUGCCGAGGACAUCAAUGGACCAACGAUAUCAGCUUUCAAACAGCUUGCAAGGGAUCAUAAAGUAUGGUUAUCCAUUGGAGGCUUCCAUGAAAAGGACCCUGAAAAUGACUUGAAAAUGCUGAAUACUCAUGUGAUACUGGAUGAGAAUGGAGAUGUGAUCAGCAAGUACUCCAAGACUCACCUAUUCUCUGUGGAUAUUAAGGGUCAGGUCAGGCUGGAUGAAAGAGACUGCACCAGCCCAGGAAAGACCAUCGUACCUCCAGUCAACACUCCUGUUGGGAAAGUGGGGCUAGGAAUUUGCUACGACCUACGGUUUCCAGAGUUUUCAAUGACACUGACCAAGCAAGGGGCAGAGAUCUUGACCUUUCCUUCAGCUUUCACGAUCCCAACAGGAAUGGCUCAUUGGGAGCCUUUGUUACGGAGCAGAGCAAUAGAGAACCAGUGUUAUGUCAUUGCUGCCGCACAAACCGGAAAACACAACGACAAGAGAGCAAGCUAUGGCCAUGCAAUGAUUGUUGAUCCUUGGGGAGCCGUCAUUGCACAGUGCAGUGAAGGAGAAGGAGUGGCUGUAGCACAAAUUGAUCCUGAUUAUCUUCAAAAGAUUAGAACAUCAAUGCCAGUUUGGAAUCAUAGGAGAAAUGACUUAUAUCCACAAUUCUAAUGUUAUUGAUUCAUGAAGUUAAUGAGAGCAUCUGAGAAUUUCUAGUAAAGAG